AUGACAUCAUCCUUCGGCGGCGGCACCACAUUCUUCUUCCAUCAGGGCGUCUCUUCAAACAAAACAUUUGUAUUGAAUUCGCGAAGUCAAUCCGGACUCGAAAUGGUGCACAAUUUGCCGUCGUGUUUCAAAUUGAGCCCACCUGCAGGGAUCGUCUACCCCCCAAUCAAUAUAAAGGUGACCUUCACUCCGCGUCCUAUUGUCAGAAAUGUGGAAAACGAGCCAUUAUUCAUCAAAUUCACUGAUAAAAAUACGCCCAUCAGCUCAACAAAUCCGAUCACCUACCACCUGGUUGUUUUGGACUCAAAAAAUAAGCCGCCUCCACCGCCUAGAUCCUCACAGAGCAAAGAAGUAAAAAAGCAGAUGCCGCAAAAGAAAAUCCAGGAAAAAGUGUUUGACGCUCUUGACUGCAAAGUAUGUCUUCAGCCGUUUUCUGAAGAGCUGCGUGAAAAAGUUCCAAGAAUUCUCACAGCUUGUGGACACACAAUCUGCGAUGAUUGUGCAGGUACAAUCCUGCGACUCUCGCUUGAUCAAAAGAUUGCGUGUCCGUUUGAUAGAAAGUUGACCGAUGGUCCCGUCUCUGCACUCCUGAAAAAUUUUGCAAUCCUGGAUAUAGUUCGAGAGAGAGCUCAGUCGUCGAGCGCAAUCUAUUGUGAUGAGCCAGCCAACCCAUGUUUCGAGAACUCACGACAUGAAGCAACGUGCUACUGUCUUUCUUGUAAAGCCGAUUUCUGUGAGAGUUGUUUUACCAGCACUCACUGCUCAAAGAUAUUUUCUGGACAUCGGCAAGUUUCAAUCGAUGAGAAGCCAUUUGAACUCCCGUCAUGCUCGAUUCAUCCGGAUAAUAUAGCUGAAUUCGUGUGCAAGCAAGAAAAUUGUCCAGCGGUCGGAACGUCUUUCUGCAAAGUAUGCCAACCGAUUGCACACAACAAACAUGCAUACAAAUCUCAGGAAGAGGAAAUGGACAGAAAUCACAAAGUUCUCACGAAACUUCACAAAGAUUUGAAACGAGCGGAAGCGUUUGCAACAUCCAAAUUGGAGGAAGCAAUGAAUUGUGAAAGAAGUUUUGAACUGUCGAAUCAGUGCCUUCUGGAUGCAAAGAACACGGUCACCACUUAUUUUGAUGACUUGAAAAAGGGCGCAUUGAAGAAGAUGGACUCGUUUUAUGAAAAUAAAAAGAAGAAGUUUGAUAAGGAGAUGUCAUCGAUAGAAAAUGAUUUAAUCGCUAUAACGGAGACAAAACAUGACGUUGAGAAAGCACUGAAGAAUAAGAAGUUUUUGUAUGAUAACUCGAAGAAACUGAUAGGAAAAGCUGAGGAGCAACGUUCAGUGGUUGUUGGGAGAGAUGCCGACUUCACCGCGUUCUCCUUUCCCUCUCUAUAUGAGAUUAUCUGCGAAGAUAAGAAUCAAGUGCCAAAAACUACACCCGCACCAUCUAAUCAUUUCUUCAAAGGGCUGUUAACGUCAAGUAUUCCACGUUACUUGGGAGAGAAAAAGAAAUAG